UUUCAAAACAACUGUAUGGUUAAAACGCACAUGUAUGCGCAUAAAUAGUAUUCAUAUUAUGGCACUUAUGUACUCAUACAUAUGUAAGUCACAGAAUAGGAGAAUACAAAGUAAAGGUAAAAGCCGUUUCCCCUUGCACAUUUUUGAAUAUCUUCCUUAAAUCCUCUUGUUUUAUAAACAUAUAUAAUGUGUUCAAAAGCAAACCCGUAAAGGAUCAUUGAAUUUUUGUUCUGCAACUUUAUCUUUUCGCUUAAUACCCCUUGGACAUUUUUACCUCUUAGCACCUAUUUCCUGUUAAUGGCUUCAUAAUACUUUAUUACGUGUAUUAUGCCCGUGUAUUUAGUGAAUUUUAUGCUUCCAAGAAAGACACAUGUAGAAACUAAUAGUCAUUUUAGGUUUUAUAAUUAUCUCUGUGCUUUAUCUGCUCCCUUGGCUCUCAUUUUCUCCCAAAUCUUUGGCAAACUGCUUGUUUAAUUAAAUUUAGUUCAGGAUCUUGGCUUUAAGAACAAACUUUUAUUUACUUUACACUGAGGGAGGAUUUUCUUUUUUCAUAGCAGAUGGGGGUUUCAUGGCUACUUAUAUUCAAAGUACAUUUAGGUUGAUGCAGUAAGUGUUGAUUUGCAUUGAGAUGUGUACGUCACCAAAGCACACAAUUAAGAAAUGAGUUAUGAGGAUUUCCAAGAUUAAUCAACAUUUAGUAGGACCUCAAGAUAAAACUGUUUUAGAGAGACCAAGAUAAUGGGCACUCAGUUACUGCACAAGGGGUCAUGAUUUAGCUCACGGUAUAGACAAUUUGUACAGAAAACGCUUCUGAGAGAUGGUUUACCAACUAAUACACGUUUGUAUGUUUAAAUCCCUAUAGGUACAGAGAACAGUGAUUAUCAUACAACUGGAAAGGAAGGCAAAGAAAAUGCUUUUUAUUUUAGAUUGGGCAAUUAAACAAACUGCAAUUUUAGUAUGAAGAAAAGAGGAGGCAGAACAAGCCGGAUCAGAAGAAGAAAACUCUUGAGAAACCCCGAAUCUAGCAGAGUGAAUGAGAGCUACAAGCCUGAAUUUAUAGAGCUUAAGAAGUGGCUGAAAGAUAGGAAGUUUGAAGAUGCAAAUUUAAUACCUGCUCGUUUUCCAGGUACAGGAAGAGGCCUGAUGAGCAAAACAUCCCUACAGGCGGGACAGAUGAUUAUCUCGUUGCCUGAGAGUUGCCUGCUGACCACAGACACCGUGAUUAGAAGCUACUUAGGGGCGUACAUUGCUAAGUGGCAGCCUCCUCCGUCUCCCCUGCUGGCUCUGUGCGCCUUUCUGGUUUCAGAAAAGCAUGCUGGGAAUCAGUCGCCCUGGAAGCCUUACCUGGAGGUGUUACCAGAGGCCUACACCUGCCCUGUUUGUUUGGAGCCGGAAGUGGUGAAUCUUCUUCCCAGACCUCUGAAAGCAAAGGCCAGAGAGCAGAGAACCCAUGUGCGGGAGUUCUUUACCUCCUCCAGAGGCUUUUUCUCUUCCCUGCAGCCUCUGUUUUCCCAGGCUGUCGAGAGCAUCUUUAGCCACAGCGCCCUCCUGUGGGCUUGGUGCACCGUCAACACCAGGGCUGUGUACAUGAAGCGCCCGCCGAGGCCCUGCCUUUCUGCAGAGCCAGACACCUACGCGCUCGCCCCCUACCUGGAUCUGCUGAACCACAGCCCCCGCGUCCAGGUAAAAGCAGCAUUUAAUGAGGAAACUCGCUGUUAUGAAAUUAGAACGGCUACAAGCUGUAGAAAACACGAAGAGGUCUUCAUCUGCUAUGGUCCUCACGAUAACCACCGUCUGCUCCUGGAGUAUGGAUUUGUUCCUGUCCGUAACCCUCAUGCUUGUGUUUAUGUCUCAGAAGAUACCCUUGUUAAAUAUCUUCCAUCGACAGAUAAGCAGAUGAACAAAAAGAUUUCCAUUUUAAAGGAUCAUGACUUUAUAGAAAAUUUGACGUUUGGCUGGGAUGGACCGUCUUGGCGAUUACUCACAGCUCUUAAGCUGUUAUGUCUGGAAGCUGAAGAAUUUACAUGCUGGAAAAAAGUACUUCUUGGGGAAAUAAUUUCAGAUACAAAUGAGAAGACAAGUUUGGACAUAGCCCAGAAAAUAUGUCAUUAUUUCAUAGAGGAGACUAAUGCUGUGCUCCAAAAGGUUUCUCAUAUGAAAGAUGAAGAAUCGGCUUUGAUAAACCAAUUAACUUUGGUAGAAACGCUGUGGACAGAAGAGCUGAAGAUUCUCCAGGCCUCUGCUGAGAUCCUAACCAGUUUGCAAACAGCUUUUACGUAACCUCACCCAGUUGCAUCUGAUCACCUCCUGUGCUGGGUGUGACUUCUUAAACAUUUUUAAAAUAAAGUUUAUUUUAUAUAGAAUUA